CUGAGAGCUAUAAAUAACCAUUAGAGCCCAAGCGAGUGGCCUUAACACAUGGAUUUCCUUCCAAAAAUGCAGACCCAUUUUAAUUAAAUUUGUAAUUAGCCUUAGGGGAGGGCAGGCCCCCUGGACUCCUUCAGUGUGGAGAGACUAACAAGAUGGGGAUCAUGGCUGUCCUGAUGCUACCCCUGCUGCUGCUGGGGGUCAGCGGCCUCCUCUUCAUUUACCAGGAGGCCUCCAGGCUGUGGUCGAAGUCUGCCGUGCAGAACAAAGUGGUGGUCAUCACCGAUGCCCUCUCAGGACUGGGAAAAGAGUGUGCUCGGAUGUUCCAUGCAGGUGGAGCAAGGUUGGUGCUGUGUGGAAAGAACUGGGAGGGGCUGGAGAGCCUCUACGCUGCCUUGACCAGUGUGGCUGACCCCAGCAAGACAUUCACCCCCAAGCUGGUCCUCCUGGAUCUCUCAGACAUUAGCUGUGUUGAAGAUGUGGCCAAAGAGGUCCUAGACUGCUAUGGCUGUGUGGACAUCCUCAUCAACAACGCCAGCGUGAAAGUGAAGGGGCCUGCCCAUAAGAUUUCUCUGGAGCUUGACAAAAAGAUCAUGGACGCCAACUACUUUGGACCCAUCACUUUCACCAAAGUUCUGCUUCCCAACAUGAUCUCUAGGAGGACGGGCCAGAUCGUGUUAGUGAACAACAUCCAAGCAAAGUUUGGAAUCCCGUUCCGCACAGCGUAUGCAGCCUCCAAGCAUGCUGUCAUGGGCUUCUUCGACUGCCUCAGAGCCGAGGUUGAGGAAUACGAUGUUGUGUCUUUUGCAGAAAACUGACCUAUGGCGUGCACCCGGUGGAGGUGGCUGAGGAAGUGAUGCGCACAGUGCGGAGGAAGAAGCAAGAGGUGUUCAUGGCCAACCCUGUCCCCAAGGCUGCCGUGUUUAUCCGCACCUUCUUCCCCGAGUUAUUCUUCGCUGUGGUGGCCUGUGGGGUGAAGGAGAAACUCAGUGUCCCAGAAGAGGGUUGACCUUGUGGUCAAAGGGGUCACUGAAGGGGGAAUAAAAGCUUUCCUUGAGA